UUUUUUCAUUUCUGAAUUUGCCUGACAAUGGUAAUGGUCUAAACGCUCCAACAAUCCGACCAGUUACUUCUCCUGAUGAUUCCCCGCCAAGUAUGCGAGACAUAUCAACAGCAAAUAUUGUUCCACCUCAGCGCAUAGCAACAGCGAUUACGAGUGGAAGCAUAGGAUUGCCUAUUAAGCCACCGCCGCAACCGACCUAUGAACCACUUUCUGAUGAUGAUGAUUGA